AUGGCGGACGAGCACGAACGCCUGAACGUGGUCGCUGCUCUGUCUCUCUGUCCUAUCUCCACUGUCGGAGUGAACGAGGAGGAGAACAAGGAUGGCGGAGGCGAGUACCACGAGUUCAACGUGGAGAACCCGAACUACCAGCAGGAGUUUCUCGAGGACACAGAUGGAUGCAAGUCCAAUCUAAUUCUCUUUGAUGCAUGUUGA